UUAGCUUCUGAGAACUGAGGAGAUCGGCCUCUACCCCCCCCCCCUUCCCACCGUCCUACGGGAAGGCUUUUCAGACUCGAUAUGACCCUCCCUGCUUGAAUGAUGUUUCGUCUUGCCAAUCGCGUUCUCCGCCUCCUGAUGGUGACCUUGAAGGGCUGAUGAAAACUUAGAGCGCGAGGGACGGGGUUGACAUGAACAGAAUUCGCAUCCACGUUUUGCCCUCCAGCCGGGGUCGAUUAACCCCAGUCCCAAGGCCACAAGAGGCCUUGUUGUGUGCGUUUGCUCACCGCCCAUGCUCUCAGCCUCGCUUGGAGGGCCAUGAGUUCUGCAUUAAGCACAUUCUGGAAGACAGGAAUGCUCCUUUCAAGCAGUGCAGCUACAUUUCUACUAAGAAUGGGAAACGGUGCCCAAAUGCAGCUCCCAAACCUGAGAAGAAGGAUGGUGUGUCAUUUUGCUCUGAGCACGCUCGCCGAAAUGCUUUGGCACUGCAGGCUCAAAUGAAGAAGUCCAAUCCUAGCCCUGUACGAGAGUCUCUCCUUUGUCAACUGAGCUCCUACGCCAAGACAGAGCUGGGCUCCCAGACUGCAGAGAGCAGCCGUAGUGAGGCAAGCAGGAUACUAGAUGAGGACAGCUGGAGUGAUGGAGAGCAGGAGCCUCUUACUGUGGAUCAGACAUGGAGAGGUGACCCUGACAGUGAAGCAGACAGCAUUGACAGUGACCAGGAGGACCCGCUUAAACAUGCUGGGGUGUACACUGCUGAGGAAGUGGCGCUGAUCAUGAGAGAGAAGCUGAUCCGGCUGCAGUCUCUGUAUAUUGACCAGUUCAAACGGCUCCAACACCUCCUGAAAGAAAAGAAGCGACGGUACUUGCACAGCCGCAAAGUGGAACAUGAAGCCAUAGGCAGCAGCCUUCUGACAGGCCCAGAGGGACUUCUAGCUAAAGAACGUGAAAACCUAAAACGGCUGAAAUACUUGAGACGAUAUCGGCAGCGGUAUGGUGUGGAGGCUCUUCUGCACCGACAGCUGAAGGAACGUAGAAUAUUGGCUACUGAGGGUGCUGCUCAGCAGGCACACACCACCCGUUCCAGCCAGAGAUGUUUGGCCUUUGUGGAUGAUGUUCGGUGCUCCAACCAGUCUCUCCCAAUGACAAGACACUGCCUUACUCAUAUUUGCCAGGACACCAAUCAGCUUCUUUUUAAGUUGUGUCAGGGGUCAGAAGAAGCACCCUGCAGCAAGCCAGUGCCUGUAAGCCUCUCUGAAGAUCCCUGCUGCCCACUCCAUCUCCAGCUACCACCUCAGAUGUAUGUCCCUGAACAGGUACUGUCUGUUCCCGAGGAGCUGGAAGCUGCUUCCACGGAUCUGUACUUGAGCGCAGCUGAACUCCGGCCCACAGAGAGCUUGCCGCUGGAGUUCAGUGAUGACUUGGAUGUUGUUGGAGAUGGCAUGCAGUGCCCCCCUUCCCCUCUGCUUUCUGAUGCUUCUGCUGCCAUUGAGAACCAGCUGAACAAAAAUGUUGCUGAGACCCCCAAACACAUCAAUUCAAGAGAAGAGUCUUUUCAGCAAGGGCUGUUGAACCAGGUGUCACAACCAGUCAGAGGGAGCUUUUCCAGAAAGACGUCUGCCCUGGAGUCUCCACCAGAACUGCUCUUAGAGCAUCUUGUGACAAGUGAGUCUGCACAGGAGGAAGGUGAAAAGGAAGAACCUGCAACCAAUGGGAAUUCAGAACCAUCCUCCUUCAGCUGAUAGAACUCUCAGACAGAUGGGGAUCCACUGGGAUGAUGAAGCAUCUGCUGUUUUUGGACUCUUCCUGGCUGUGCAUGCUCUUCAUUCUCCCUAUUCAGUCCUUCCCAGAUCAGUGAAAUGUGUCUUGGAGGGCCUUUUCGUCACUUUUAUAUUGUCCCCUUUCAGGUCUUGUUCUGUUGAGUUUCCCUUUUAAGUUGAUGUCUCUGAUAUAAAUUCAGAGUGGUAAAGUCUUUUCAUGGCAAUUAAUGAAUCCAAACAAGGGGAGAAGUUGUGGGGGGGGGGGUUGUGUUUUUUUAACUCUUGGUCAAGGCUUUGAAUGUUUUUCAGUUCCUGGAUUAUUAGGAAUAUACAUGUUUUAAGUCAUGGAUUUGUUACUAAAGGAAAAGGCCUCUCAUUCACUAGAUUGUAUAUUAGCCUAUUAAUAUCUCAGUGUACUACGGCUGCUUGGCUGUUUAUUCUUUUUCUCUCUUUCUCUGGCACUGAAGUCUGUAAACAGACUCCUACCUGUAGCUUUAAACUUGUAUACAAAUUGCACCUAUUAUAAAAAUUAAUA